CGAAAGUUUGUUGAACUCGAGGACGGAGGAGGAAAAGUGAAGCGAAUUGUGUGUGUGUAUGCGCGUGCGGCGUCGCCCAGUCGGUUAUUCGGUUCAGCCUGCUAGCUUUUAAUCGGUGUCACUUUGUAGCGUUAUUUUUGGCGUCGAAUCGGUUGUUUUUGUUUGUGUUGACUCCUAAACAACACCGGCUUCCAUUCCAGAGCAAACUCAGGGGUCGCGAGGAUGUCGGACGAGGAUUCGCGUGCCGGCUCUAGUUCUUCCUCCUCUUCUUCGUCGUCGUCUUCGUCGUCGUCGUCCUCUGUCCGUCAGCAGUCGGAGAAAGACACACCUAGCAAGAAACGAGAGAGCAAAGUCAGCGUGAACAAAAACUCCAAACUCCUGUCAACCAGCGCCAAAAGGAUUCAGAAAGAGCUAGCUGAUAUCAUGUUGGAUCCACCACCAAACUGCAGCGCCGGCCCGAAAGGAGACAACAUCUACGAGUGGAGGUCCACCAUCCUGGGUCCUCCAGGCUCCGUGUACGAGGGAGGAGUCUUCUUCCUCGACAUCGCCUUCACGCCAGACUACCCCUUCAAGCCGCCCAAGGUGACGUUUCGUACCAGAAUCUACCACUGCAACAUUAACAGUCAGGGAGUGAUCUGCCUGGACAUUCUGAAGGACAACUGGAGCCCAGCGCUUACCAUCUCCAAGGUGCUGCUGUCCAUCUGCUCUCUCCUCACAGACUGCAACCCUGCCGACCCUCUGGUGGGAAGCAUCGCCACUCAGUACACAAACAACAGACCGGAGCACGACAGGAUAGCCAAACAGUGGACCAAGCGCUACGCCACAUAAUCACACGCCGCGAGGGAAGAGUGCUACUGAUGGAGAGGGGGAGAAGGAUGUAUAAUGGAGAGGGGAGGGUAAGCAGGUGGUUUAGGGUGGGGGGAGGGAUGGGUUCAGCUGUAGGAUAGUGUACAAGGAGUGUUUUAUGGUGGAAUUAAAGUCUUAUUUCCUGAUAUUGUCAUUUAAUGUGACCCCCCCCCCCCCCCCCAUGUAGAAUCCUUCUUUGGCAAUAAUAGAUCUUAACGUGUCUUCCUUUUGUUUUUGUUUCAUUUCUGCUCUUGUAAAUUGAUUUUAUUUAGGGCUUCAAAAGGGCCAUCAUUAGCAAUUCUGACUGUUUAAAAAAAAAAAAAAAAAUCAAAUAAAAAAUCAAAUAAAUUUGUCCUCUGGUACAAGGUCUGACUGUACAAUGUAUUUUCUCACUCUGUUUAUUAAAGUUCCAUUCGAUGUU